AUGGCCGGGUCCCCGGCCCCACUCCUGCCCCAUGGCCUGCAGCCCCCGGCGGGACGUGCCCUGCUCCGGCACCGCCUCGGCGGCCUUGCCACUGCCGCCUCCCCAACCCUGUCUGAGGAGCCCCCCAGCGCGUCCCCGUGCCCCCUGCGGGGCCAGAGACCGUGCAGUGGGGCCGAACUGGGGCGAUGGGGGGGCCGCGUGGGCAGGAAGGGUGCCGGGGGUCCCGGGGGCCCACGGCAGAGCGCCAGCGAGCGGGAGAAGCUGCGGAUGAGGCGGCUGGCGCAGGCGCUGCACCGGCUGCGGCACUACCUGCCGCCCGCGCUGGCGCCCGCCGGGCAGAGCCUCACCAAGAUCGAGACCCUGCGCCUCGCCAUCCGCUACAUCGCCCACCUCUCGGCCCUGCUGGGGCUCAGCGAGGAGGCGCUGGCCCGGCGGCGGGGGGCGGCCCCCCGGCACUGCCCCCUCUGCCCCCAGGGCCUGGGCUGCUGCCAGCCCCCGCGCCCUCGGCCGCCCCCCCCGGCACCGGCCCCGCAGGACACUUCGCCCCCCGGCACGGGGGUCUGGGGGUCACCCCCUGUGAUGGAGACCCCCCUGGCACUGCAGGAGGUUCCCGACAUGGGGAUGGGGGCCUGGGGGUCACCCUCCUAUGGUCCGGCGUUGGAGACCCCCCUUCAGCUGCAUGGGACCCCUGGCUCAGUCUCAGGCUCCUGGUCAUCACCGCUGUGCAGCCUCGGAGCAGUGACCCCGCUGGAGCCACCCUGGAGCUGUGCAGCAGCCACAGGCACCGGGACAGUCCCCUCCUGCUGCUUGGAACCCUCAGCCCCUGCCCAGCCUCCCAGGGCAGGAUCGACGGCCACGGGGGGCCCUGGCCCCCCCCCACAUGGCUCCCAGGUACGUAUGACUCCCUCCCCACCCGCAGGCUGA